UAAGAAGAGAAGAAAUGCCACAGUACGCGAUUAAAGUAAAGUGGGGAAAGGAACUUUUUCCUAAUGUAGAAGUUAAUACAGAUGAAGAACCAAUGUUAUUUAAAGCACAACUUUUUGCACUGACAGGAGUGCAGCCAGAAAGGCAAAAAGUUAUGUUAAAAGGAAUGACAUUAAAAGAUGAUGAUUGGGGGAACAUCAAGUUGAAAGAUGGUAUUACUGUAUUAAUGAUGGGCUCUAAAGAAGAAGAUGUGCCAGUAGAACCUACUGAAAAACCAUUAUUUUUAGAAGACAUGAGUGAAUCUGCAUUAGCCUCUGCUUUAGAUUUACCAGCUGGUUUGAUAAAUUUAGGAAAUACUUGUUAUCUCAAUGCAACUGUACAGUGCCUGAAAACUGUCCCUGAAUUGAGAGAUGCUUUAAAGAAUUUUUCAGGCGGGCUUGCAGCUGCUGGUACUUCAUCGCUUGUACCUGCACAAAGUAUAACUGCUGCACUGAGAGAUUUGUAUGAUAGUAUGGAGAAGGGAUCAUCUUUGCCACCUGUUGUUCUUGUGCAAAUGAUGCAUUUAGCAUUUCCAAGAUUUGCUGAAAAAUCUGAGCAUGGUGGAUUUCAACAGCAAGAUGCUAAUGAGUGUUGGACUGAACUUAUUAGAAUGUUACAACAAAAAUUACCAGCAAAGGAAAAUUCUGUUACAUCAGAAGAUGAUGGAAAAAAUUAUAAACCUCGAUCACUGAUUGAACAAUAUUUUGGAGGAACAUUUGAUACAGAAUUAAAAUGUAUAGAAUCUGAGGAUGAACCACCUACAAAAGGAAAAGAAGAAUUUUUACAAUUAAGUUGUUUUAUUUCAACAGAAGUUAAAUACAUGCAUUCUGGACUUAGAAAUAAAAUGCAAGAACAAAUUACAAAAUUAUCACCAACUCUUGGCAGAGAUGCAAUGUAUACAAAAACGUCAAAAAUUAGCAGAUUGCCAGCAUAUUUAACAAUUCAGUUUGUACGUUUUUAUUACAAAGAGAAAGAAGCAAUCAAUGCAAAAAUUCUUAAAGAUGUUAAAUUUCCUCUUGAACUUGAUGCUUUUGAAUUAUGCAGUAGUGAACUACAAAGUAAACUCACGCCAAUGCGAGAGAAAUUUAAAGAGUAUGAAGAUCGUUUAGUGGAAGAGUCACGCAACAUGAAAGAUAAAAGAGAUAAAACGGAGAAUAAUAAAAAGAAAUUCAAACAAGAACCUUUUUAUUUUACAAAUGAUGUAGGAUCAAAUAACAGUGGUUAUUAUUCACUACAAGCAGUUCUAACACAUAGAGGCCGAUCAAGUAGUAGCGGUCAUUAUGUAGCUUGGGUUCGACAAAAAAGUGAUACAUGGUUAAAAUGUGAUGACGAAACUGUUAGCGCUGUAACUAGUGAAGAAGUAUUAAAACUUAGUGGUGGUGGCGAUUGGCAUUGCGCAUACGUUCUUUUAUAUGGUCCAAAAAUUUUAGAAGUACCUGAUACUGAUGAUACUGAGGAUACAACUACCAAGUAG